AUGGGGACUCUGCAAUGGUUCCUCUUUGUCUACCUCCUCGGCGGCAUCACGUUCUUGCCAUUGCUGUUAGCCGCCGUCCUUCUCCACGCGUAUUACACCUUACCGCCACCGAGAGAAGAUGUUCCCAAUGACCACGAUGAUCCAGCGCAGUUGGUCCGUCCAGACGAUGACAAGGCUGCCUUUAGAAGUGGCACCGAUGAUCUAGCCGAACAGUUCCACCGCAAGCAUGACUCGGACGUGGCUGCAGGCUACUUCGCCGUCUGUCGGGAAUAUGUGCCUGGCGGUGUUAACGGCAAACCUCCAGACAAGCUGACCCCGGCUGGCGAGGUAGUAGCACAAGAAUCCCCGAGCGUCUACCAGAGCAUGUACCGGAGUAUAUUUGACAGAUCACAAAAGCCAACAUUGGAACCAAACAAGGAUUCAACCGGCAAGUCGGUGAAGAAAGCAAACAACGUGUUUUACGUGGUCCUGAGACAUGGCCACCUCAUGCUAUAUGAUGACAUUCAACAGUUGGAAGUCCGCUACGUUAUUUCCCUAGAGCAUCACGAUGUCGACGUCUACAGUGGCGAAGGCGAGACACCAGAGGGCGAACUUUGGAUCAAGCGAAAUGCCAUACGGCUGAAGAGGAAGAAGACAGCUGAUGGGUAUACACCAGACUCACCACCCUUCUAUUUGUUCAGCGAGAACCUGUCGGAGAAGGAGGACUUCUACUUUGCGUUGCUGAAGAAUCAGGAGAAGACUGCGGCGGAGGACCCACCUGUCACCCAACAAUUUGAAGUGGACGAUAUUGUGAAGCUGGUCCAGAAGCUCCAUUCUUCUGAGGAAUUUCUGCAAACCCGAUGGCUCAAUGCAGUCAUCGGCCGUUUGUUCCUGGCUCUGUACAAGACGCAGGAACUCGAAGAUUUCAUCCGGACCAAGCUGACUAAGAAGAUUUCGAGGGUCAAGAAACCCAACUUCAUCACCAAACUGGCCUUGAACAAGAUCGACCCCGGAAAAGGCGCGCCUUUUGUGACGAAUCCAAGAUUGAAAGAUCUGACCGUGGACGGCGAUUGUAUGGUCGAGGCGGAUGUUAAUUACACCGGAAAUUUCCGGAUAGAAGUUGCAGCUACCGCCCGCAUCGAGCUUGGAUCUCGGAUUAAGCCUCGUGAAGUUGACAUGGUGCUGGCGGCAACUUGCAAAAAGCUCAAGGGACACAUUUUGGUGAGGUUCAAGCCCCCUCCGAGCAACCGAAUUUGGUUCUCGUUUGAGAAAAUGCCCGAGCUGGAUCUGGAUCUGGAGCCGAUCGUCAGUUCCCGACAAAUCACCUACAACUUCAUUCUCCGAGCGAUUGAAAGCAGAAUCAGAGAGGUUGUGGCUGAAAGUGUUUGUUUGCCAUUCUGGGAGGAUGUCCCUUUCCUCAAUACAAAAGGCCAACGGUACCGUGGAGGUAUCUGGAAGAGGGAAGAUGCAGCAGCCACCACUACUGAAAUCCCAGACGAAGACCCCGAAGACGAAGCGGAAGCAGGCGAGGGCGGAAAUAGGAUACUCGCCGAAUCGUUGAGGGACAACGGCCCGAUUUCCAAAGAUGAUCGGGUCAACAGUAUGCCAGUGUUGGCGGAUAGCAAGUCAUCAACAGGCAAGAUGAGCGCCGCGAAAAAGUCGAUAUCUUCCAUGAGCGAUCUUCUCAGCAGUAGACGCUCCGAGACACCAGAACGGCCUGAGACAUCGACUCCAAGAUUGAUGAGGUCUUCUUCCUUCGCCAGUGCUGCGAAUCCGACCAUAAGUCCAAGCCACGCUGAUGGCAAUACCAGCCCGACGCGCGAUUUCGAGGCUCCUCAAAAACGCGAGAGUGUCACUUCUUUCUUGAAGGACCUAUCUUCCAGGCCGACGGGAAACCCAUCGCCAUCUACCUCGCAAGCUGGGUCUCCUCCCAUUGAUUCAGCUAUGGCCACAUCACUCCGAGAAAAAGGGCGAUCUCGAAGUGACGCCUCGAAAAUUUCAGACGACAGCUCUGCACGUGCGGGGCCUACGCCGAAUACAUCAAGCAGAGCAUCGCUUCAUUCCACGGAUACCAGUGACUUAAAGAGUUCAAGACCGGCUUCGGCUCACGGAGACACCAAAGCUGCCAAAAGCUUUACUUUCCCCUCAAGAUCGUUGGCCGGCUCGGACAGGAAACAGGCUCUUGCUUCCGUCAACGCAGCAGCCACGGCAGCGCAGAAAUGGGGCUGGGGCGUGCUAGCGAGGAAUCGACAACGUGAAGCCCAAGCUGCAGCCAACAAGGAGCGGAAUGGACAGUCUGUUCCCCGAGAACCCAUGGGUCGCGGGAGACCGCUCCCACCACCCGGAACACCAUUACCUCCGCCAGAGACUCCUGUCAGAAGCGGGUCCUUCAUGAUGCCCAAACGAAAGCCUGUACCACCUCCACUGCUGCCGAAGCGUACCGACACCGGCGGCUCAAGCGAUUCGGUCAAGUCAUCCCUAAAACCACCGCUUCCAGCCCGGCGCAAGCGCCAAAACACCCUGCAUCCGGACGACGAGACGGAAAGCGAGGUUCUUGUGGUUGAAGCACCCACCGAAUCCGCCCCUACAAGUCCAGUGACUGAUGAAACUCAUGAUGAUUUCUUUGGUCAUGGCGAAGAUACGACGAUAUCGAGCGACGAGACGACCGAGGCGCGGCCCAUACCGCCUCCCCUGCCGAUAAGGCGGAGUCUCGAGACGACCCCUGCGUCUCCGGAAGACAAGGAUGAAAUGAACAGGCAGGAGAUCGGCAUGUAUACAUGA